AUGAAGACAACAGCGCCGCACUGUGGUUAUGAGAGUGAUGACAGCCGACAGACAGGCGCGUCUUUUUGUCGUCUAGGUUUGGCUCGCGCUGACAGGUCCGCUGUGACAUCCGCUCUAUCAUCUCAAUACGGACUAACAACUUCUGUAGACAGUUUCUGCCCAUCCGUGCCAAGACUCCCUUUAAAGCAUCUUCGCUUUAAAUUCAUCCUCCGUUGUAUAGAGCUGCUGACAGGUGUUUGGUGUGGAAAGUUCAACAUCAGUCUGCCAGAGAAGAUUGAAGCUCUGAGUGGAUCCUGUGUGCUCAUAGAGUGUGCAUUUGAGAUUGAAGAAAGAUUUCACCAAAAUCUUACUGAGAGUGCUGCAGGAAUAUGGUUUAAAGAUAAUUCUAAAAAUCCAGUGUUUAACUCCAGAAAUCCCAGUGAAAAACACUUCAGAGGGAAACUAACUGGAAAAAUAGAAGAGAAGAACUGCACCACUAUCUUUUAUGAUGUUAGUUCAAAUCACGAUGGAAAAUAUUACUUCAGGAUUGAGGGUAAUGGUGGACUGAAAUAUACCUAUCAUAAACCCGAUGUCACUAUAAAUGUCAUUGACUCUCCUCAUAACCCCACAGUGAAGUUGUAUGUGGAUGAGAAGGAGGUGCAGAGUCAGCAGGAGGUGUUGGAGGGGAGCUCUGUGUGUCUGUCCUGCUCUGCUGAGACUCUCUGUUCCUCUCCUCCAGCAACUCUCACAUGGAGCUCCACUUCCAGACAUCCCUUCAGUCUACAGGAGAAGCAGAAUCAAAAUAAACUCAUCUCUCAUCUCAACUUCACUGCUACUCCCCUUCAACACACAGUCACUUUCACCUGCACUGUCACCUACCAGCUACAGGACAACAACAAAACAGCACACAGCAACCUCACAUUACAUGUUACAUAUGCCCCUAAAAUCUCUCUCUCGUCCAGCUGUAACAGAACUGAUGUAACCGUGUGUUUGUGUGAGGUUGAUGGGAAUCCCUCUCCUAAACUGGAGUGGCAUCUGUCUGGACGUCCUGUCACUAACUCUACAAUCAUGUCCAUCAGUGAAGAGCGAUUGAGCAGCACAGUUUUGAGGAGCUUCAUCACUCUACAUCACUCACUCACACACACAUCCACUGUGCAGUGUGUCACCACAAACACUCAUGGCAAUGACAAACAACUGUUCCAAUGGCUUCUCUAUGCUCAAGAGUCAACAGAAUGUCAACAGGCUUCAGUUCCACUCCUGAUCCUUUUAACACUGAUUCUCCUCCUGUAUGCUCUGACUGUUGGACUUGGCCUCUACAAAAUUAGACAAUUGUCCACCAAGAUAAAGGCACAGAAUGAGGCUGGCACUUAUGCGUCUCUUCAGCUCUCUGCUCCAAGCUCUGAUUAUGAGACUUUGAAUGUCAAUAAAGUUGACAAAUGAUAAAAAAUACAUGUUUCACAAGUUCACUGGUUUGUACAGUUCAUAGAGCAUACAGUAAAUAGA